AUGGGCGUCAGUGUGCUCCUGGGUCUCGCCUGGGGCAUCGCGAGCGAUGCAAGCGAUCCAACUGUGGUUCAGGCUUGGCAGGAAGCCUUGGAGACCUGUGCGUCGGAAAUCUGUUCAGCAAACCAGGUGGAGGAAGACGAUGUGGCGGCAAGGCAUUGUCAGCAGAUACCAGUUGCUUCCGAAUUCGGCGGUGCUGGUCGCACGACUAUGUUCGGACGCAACAUUUGGUGCGCCGCAAUGCUGGGCACAGGACUCACGCUGGACCUUUACGCUGGACUUGGAGACACCGCGGCUCUGCUUGCUGACGGACUGCGGCGGCGACCGAGCAGUGCCUCAGACCGUCGCCUGGUGACUUUCGAGCUGAAUUUGGACAGGCUGCUGACCGUGAGGAGCAGGCUUGCAGAAAGCGAUGUUGCGGUGCACGCCCUGGAUCUCCGCAGCCACCGCUGGCAACAAGAGAUGCGCCAAGGGGAUCGGAAGCAAGUGACUGCCUUUCUCAUCCCUGGAAGCACUUCGAGCUACCUGCAGCCAGUAUGCCAACCUGUGGAGGAUUUGGGGUUGGUUCUUCUAGACCCUGAUGUGGAGAUGGGGUACAAGGAGUUCGCAGACGACUGGCGUGUGCUUGAAGCCCAACGUCCCCGAAUGGUCGCCAUCUACAACACUAAUCUACCAGGAGGCGCCGGCUGGGUUCUCAACCGCCUGCUCAUGUCGGGUGACUACGUUGAGGUUGCUCAAGGUUUUAACGAUGGGGGUGCCGGUGAACAGGACGUUUUCCAUCAGCUACGAGCUUGGUCGCUUUUGCUACAUGUGCCGGGUGCCGUUCUGCCUGCCUGGAAACCUGGCGAGGGAGCGUCACCGUCCACAUUGCAGCAGAAGCAGCACAAGAUCGUGCAGCCGGCCCGACCCUUUGAUGAAGAUACCGUUCAGAUGACUGGCCUCGAAGCCAAGGAGUGGAUUCAAGAGCAGCUGGAAAGGGGCUACGAAUGGGGAAACACCACAUUUCGCGCAGUCCGGGGUGGCGAGGUGCUCCGCAUCCAUCGCGGGAUUGGAGAAAUAGUGCCGGUGGAGGUCCAGCGCCCGACAGAUGAACUGCUCGCACCACCCACGCCACAAACCAAUGCUCACCACUGCUUUGCAGAGGCCGACCCGCUGGUCGCGGCGCGCGAGCUCCGCACGCCAUGCUUUCUGAACUGUGAAGGCCCAGACUUCGAUGCUCCAUGGGAUCACUUCCGAAAGCAGGUGCUCCUGCAGGCAGCCAGCAACUUCCCACUGGACCCGGACAUGGUGGCAGAGGCGACUGCCAUCAGUCACCACAUCGUGACAAACGAUGAGAUCCUGAUUCGUGGGAGGUCUCUCUUCAUGGCCCGUUUACGGCAUGAGUACACUCAUGAUGGCCACUUGGAGGGAUUUUGCCUCUUCGGCCUUACUUCGGCAGCUUUCCUCCGAGCUCGGCAGAUGUUGGACAUGGAGCCGCAGAAGUUCGAAGCACAUGGUAAGACCAUCUUUGCGCCAAUAGUCGGCCUCAAUGACAUGGACACGGCUUAUACGCUGGUCAGCGACUCCAACAGCAAAGGUGGCGUCGAGUUUAGCUUCCUUGAGAACACGGGCUGGGCGGUGUCCCUGGAAGACGUCAUCAUAAAUCUGGAAACCCAGAAGGCGGACUUGGGCCAGCCAUUCCGGCGGCACCGAUUUCCCAUGAGCCUCACUCAUCGGCGCGAACCUGUCAGCAUGCCAGGUCGCUGGGAGUCGAGUCACCCCGACUCUUUGCAGCUCCUCUUCCCAAACGCUGCGCCAGUGCGGCUAUGCGGAAUAGGGGACCAUCUAACGGCCACCUUUGAUGCCGUUUUGAUGGUCCAGAGAAGCCUCGAACUUGUUCUGGGGGACCUCCAGAUCCAACGAGAUUUUCUUGGUCGCUUCUGCCCAAAGCACACCGGGCAAGGACAUCAGUGCCGACAGCGCUGUGAGUUGCUCGGGUCGGGUUGUGGUCCACAAGAGGAUGUCGCCGACCCGGUCGCAGAGUGGCUGGAUGGAAUCAUCCAUCCAGAGUCGCUUGACGAGCUUCCUUGGGAUUUGGACGAGAGGCGCCAUUCCCUGGCAGAGGCAAGCGCAAGGGACUCGAGGCUACAGCUGGCAGACCUUGUGGUUUGCUCGCACCCAACGCUGCUGUGCCUCUUCAUGGCAGAGGUCCUUCCGAAGCCGAUGUUCGUACAUGCAUCGUCAACGCUGCUCUAUGGUCUGCAUUGUAAAAAUUGCGAUCGCGACGCAUGGUACACCAAUCUGCGGCACUUUGGCACUUCGCAUUUGGCACAGAGGUAUUUGCAGCUCGCCCGCAACCUCCUUCUCAGCAAUCGGAAUCUGGUCUUUAUGGCAGAGGGGCGCUUUCUGGCCGAGCAGGUCCGACACCAGGUGAGAGUGGAAGUUCCUUGGGUGCCACCGCUCGGGCUCUACACGACGGCAGGGAGUUGGCAGGGCGGCCAGCCUGGGUCGACGCGUCGCGCAGUGGUCCUAAGGUCCCGCUUCUUCGUGUCCCUGAGGGGCGAGCUCUUACGGUCGCUGCUGCGAGAGAUUGUGUCCAUCAAUUUCCCCAGAUACCCCUUGGAGGUGGUCUUCCUCGGCAAGGACAAUCAGUUUGACGAGCAAUGGCUUUCCCUGCAGCAGUUGGCCAGCUUUGAUGCUGCCAUCCUUUGGCCAAAUGACUUGCACCAGCGCACUUUCCACGAGGCCUACCGAAUGGCGAUCCCGUUGCUCAUGCCUGAUUCUGCCAGCCUGUUCCGAGCACAACGGAUGUCGAACUGGGGGUACGCUUCCUACGGGGCAAGCGCAGUUGGGCUUGACGCAGACGGAAGCUCAUCACCAAGGCAUCCAUUUCCACCUUGGUGGAACUCGUUCAAUGCGACGCCAGACGUUAUUGGCUACUGGGUACAGUUUGCGGAUUGGGAGCAGCUGCCGCACAUCCAGCGCUUUGCAACGCUGCCGGGCCUCAUCGUGCAAGCAGUCACGAUGAACCUGCAGCAGAUCAGCAAAAGCAUGUUGGAGCACCACGUUCAGGUUGCCAAGGCGGCUCUGGACCUGGUCUCUGAGAAGCUGGCACUGCUUGGCCGGAGAGACGAGCCAAGAGUAAGCGAAAAGAAGGCAGAGAGCAGGGUGUACGAGAUGCUCGAAGGCCCCAAGGACAUCUCCAUUCCCACCAAAAGCAGAAAUAUCGAAGUUCGCCAAAGUGGAUUUCAGAUUGAUGCGAACGCAUGUGUCAGGGCUCGCAAAGUCUUGGGAGUUCGCAAUGGCUUGGAGCAGCUGUCCGCUGGCUCGCCAUAUCCAUUCCUCAAAGAAGGCUGUGAUCCCGUUGUUGCUUUGCUGCAUUUGGCCUCAACCCGGCUGUGGGCCUUGUCUGGGGGGGCCCUGGCCAUGGGAGAAGUUUUUUCAGAGACGGAGGAGGAGGAGGACGUCUUUUGUAGCCACUUCAUGAAACAGGAGGAGUGUCUUCGGCAUUUGCCGACGGAGGCCGAAGCUCUAAAGAAUUUCUUGAAGGAGCUGCAGAAUGCUCCCGUGCCACAGCCAGGUUCCUUCGAAGGCAGAGGGAUUGUCAUGAGCGGAGGUCCCAUGCACGUGCUACAGGCCCUGGCGAACCUGGAGGUGCUCCGCACGGAGCUCAAGUCCGCCAUGCCCGUGGAGUUCUGGCAUGCUUUUGAGCUGGAACCCAUCCACUGCCAAGCUUUAGCCACGCGCGGUGCCAAAUGCCGGCAGCUUCAGGUACCGGGGGUGUACAGGCAGUUUGAGACCGUUCUCCCGUCCAUCAUGGCAUCCUCUUUCCGGGAAAUUUUGUGGCUUGAUACCGACAUCACGCUGCUGUACAGACCAGAGGAGCUCUUCGAGUCACCUCAAUAUCAAAGUACUGGCGCGCUGUUUUGGCCGGACCACUGGUCCUUCGAUUGCCGGCCGUGGGGGCAAAGUUCGUGGCCGGGUCAUGUGGCCCUGAAGCUGCUGCAAUUGAAGCACAACGCCUCGGACAUGCAGUAUGCCCAAGAGCACGAGACUGGGCACUUCCUGAUCGAUCGGGAGAGACACUGGAAGCCCAUUUGCUUGGCCAACUACAUGGCAUCACGGGAUUUCUUCACGCGCGUGCUCCAUGGAUACAAGGAUGUCUUCCGUUUGGCCUUUCUAAAGCUGAAUGCAUCAAACUGGCUGAGCCCGGUACGUCCCGGACUUGUUGGAGGUUUCUUGCACAACGGGCUUUUCUUCCCGGCAGCUUUGGUGCAGUUUUGGCCGGCUGGAGAUCUUUUCGGAACAGGCCCGCAUGGUCGGCAUAUUCCCUUGUACAUUCAUCAGAAGAAAGUCCCCGGCAACAUUUGGAUGGAUAUUCUGACCUUUGACACACCGAUGGGAAGGUGUAUCUCCUAUCAGCUGACGCCUUUUGACGUGCUGAAGGAGGCGGACAGGACCUUGUGGCAGGUUGGUGAGACGGACCUCCAACUAGCCGAAAGAAUCAGUCGGGCCGGACAGGUGUGGGAUGCUGCAUACAACAUUGCACGAGACCGGCUUCUCCCUUUCUUGUCUCCUGAAUCGCAGGCCAAGUUGGAAGUGAAGCGCAGCAGCAAAGUUACCUCGACAUUCAAAACCUUGGUGGAGAGUUGCCGAUGCGACUAUGAUGACAACAUGAUUCUGCACAUCCUCACUGUUUGGCAGCAGGCUGGGGAUCCCAAGACGCGGCGAUUGCUUGAUAAGGGUACCUGCCAGCCGGUCCUGCAGCCGUUCGACUGGGAGACCUGCCCAAUCGGGUACACUGCCCUGGCCGUCCUCUGCUCACAGCUUCUGCCGGAGCAGGCGGCAACGGCCAAAGACGUUGUCAGCAAGCUCCUGCCUUCUGUCGAAUAUUGCCUGGGAUCCAAAGGAAAAGCACUGUGGCCUUUGGAGCUACAGCAUCUGCAGAUCUUUGCUGGGGAAAGCGGCCGGCGGCAAUAUCCUGGAGUCUUCUCCUUGAAGCCAGAGCAGGUGGCAAAAUUCCCUGCAUCCAUCCAAAGAUGUAUUCCACUGGACACGAACUGUUGGAGUAUUCGAAACGCCUGGCCAGAGCAGCUUCCUGAUGGUACGUUCGUAAGACCGAGUAUGACCAUGGAAGGGUACACAUCGUGCCGAAACUGCUGCGAGCCAGAUAUAGGCAGCAUACUGCGCGACAUUUGUUUUGAUUCCAAAUUUACAGAGGAUCGCUGCUGUGGUCCAAGACCUCACUGA